AUGUUGAAGGCCGUGUUUGUCGUUCUUCUGACUGUCGCUUGUGUGAGUUUAGCUGAAGAAAAGCCCCCCGGGAGCAAAGUUCGAGCUCGCCUUGAGGUGAAGGCAUUUAUUAGCGAUGAUCUGCCUUACUACCAAGAGGCUAAGAUCAAGUACAAUCCUGGCCAUGAUCCUGUGAUGCGUCUCUAUGAUGACAAUGGGAAAGAGGUCAAGACCGUAGAUGUGGCCGAGAUGGGCCGCCAGGAUAUAGUAAAUCUUGUCGAGUCCCACGGUCUGAAAAGAUCAAAUGAAAGAAUGAGAGAAGAGCAGCAAUCAGAGGAAGAGGAGGAGCCAACCUUCGAUGAAAACGAGGAGUUCCCUGACGAGGAAGAUGAAGAUGAUGAAACUACAGAAGAGCCACCAACAGAGGCAAAAGAAGAGUUAUAG